GAAAAGGUAUAUAAAGACUGUUCCGAUAUUGUGAAAAGAGACCCAAGCAAGAAAGGACAAAAUGGGGUGUAUGUUAUUUAUCCAGACACCGGCCGGAGAGAGGUCUUCUGUGACAUGACGACAGAUGGAGGAGGGUGGACGAUCAUUCAGAAACGCCUGGAUGGUGAAGUUGAUUUUUAUCGGACGUGGAUAGAGUAUAAAAAUGGAUUUGGGAAUGCCUCUAAAAAUUAUUGGAUAGGAAACGAUGCGAUUCAUGCUUUAACUAAAAAUGGGAACCAGACACUUCGGAUUGAGCUUCAGCGUUUUAAUGGUGAAAAGGCUUUUGCUCAAUAUUCCACGUUUUCCCUCGGAAGUGAGGACACUUUCUAUAAACUUAAUGUGUCUGGAUAUUCCGGAACAGCGGGUAACAGUUUGGCUUAUCACAAUAACAAAAGAUUUGCUACUAAGGACAGUGAAGUCGUCUAUUCUGGACGAUAUUGUGCAAGGGGGCGUCAUGGUGCUUGGUGGUACUAUACUUGUAGUUACUCAAAUCUAAACGGAAAAUACGGAGACGUUGGAGAAAAGGGAACAGAAUACAUGGUAUGGCAUCACUGGACAGGAGGCGAAUCACUUAAAGAGUCAACAAUGAUGAUCAGAGAAACUCAAUAAUCCAUCUAUCUUACAUCUCUAUUACAUUGUAAUAGCUUUCCGCUGUACAUGUCUUAUUUAU